AUGAAGUGCGUUCUUUCUUUGGCUAUUCUGGCUAUCAGCCAGAUCAGGCUCAUUGCAGCUGCGCCGCAGCAGGAGGCGGGUCGUGAGGCACAACAGCAGGCUGUCGAGGCCAGCGCUAAGGUUCAAGACAUCAAGUACACUGAUAUCUUUACUAGCACCGAGAAGCGUUUCACGGUCGUCAUGAAAUUGAUGAAAGAUGAUGGCUUCAAGGCAGAAUUGCUAACAGCGGUACACGGGGCCAUCAGCCGUUCUUCAAAUGAUCUUUUUCAGAAAUGGGCCGAAGUUCUGAGCGCUGCAUACCCGCAAAGAUUUGAGGGUGCUGUGGCUCGGUCUACCCUGCCAAGUUGGCUGAAAUCCACUGCCGUCAAAACUAACAGCGAUCAAGCAAAUAAGGUGAAAGAAGCUUUGACCGAAGUUGGUAAAAGUGUUCAUACAUUGUUGACUCAGCUUUUCGGCGAAUAUGCUAAGAAAAUCGAAACCGAAAAGGCUGAAGUACCUCAAGGCGCCGCGUCAGGCGUAGCCGGCUCUUCAACGGGACUAGCACUUACUCAAGCAGCUGCAAACACAUCGGACAAUGAUGACUUGUUGAACUUGCGUUUCGUUAUGACUCCAUUUAAGGAUGACCUUUACGCAUUGUACAAUUCGAUCAAGGACAUGCCAACCUCGAACGACAACGACAAGACGGCUAUUAAGACCAAGGUGAUGGAAUGGGUGAAAGAAAAAGUGCCUAGUGUUGAACCCAUAGAAGCGAUUGAUGGUCAUGCAGUGCAGGGUCAAUUGAAAAAAAUUAUCGUCACCGACACUCAUCUGACCGACUCUGUUAUCUCUAUCGAAUCCUACAACCAAAUGGACACCGAUCUUACGGAAGCCUUUGAGAAGUGCAAGAACAUGAAUGCUGCAAGCUUCGGCACUAUCGGUCUGCUCUUGGCGGCCGUCCUCGCCUUCACCAUGUGGUAA